GCGUUCGAAUGCGGCGGGCGGCGUUGCCAUGGGGACGCGGCCUAGCGGCCGGCGCGGAGCCUGCGUGGAGUGAAGGCCCGGGCGGGCCGCGCGGUCCGGGGUUUAAACGGAAGAUGUCAUCCUGCCUGUAUGAGUGCCUUUGUGAGGCAGAGCUUGAAAAAUAUUAUCCACACUUUGCUGCCCUUGGCCUUCAGAAGAUAGAUGAACUAGCCAAGGUUUCCAUGAAAGAUUAUGCCAAACUCGGGAUCCAUAACAUGAAUGACCGCAAGCGUCUCUUUCAACUCAUAAGAAUCAUCCAAAUUAUGCAGGAAGAGGAGGAAAGAGCAGACACAGCCAAGGAAGAUUUUCAAGCAAGUGGCCAUUUCCUCCAGCCUCAGGUGACCAGAUCAGGUCCUCGCAGACAGCUGCGUUUUGAGUCCCUCUUUGAAAAAAAGGAUGGAACAGUUAAAGACUGUGAAACCGGAUCAUAUGGUUUAUCUGAUUUUUCUGCCAGUGAAGAUGGUUUAGUGGACAUGUUGGGACAUGUUCCAGAAGCUGACUUGGGUUACAAUAAAGCAGCCAGAAGAGAAACCCUGACUGCUUCUGGGGCGUGCACAGAACAUGACGUGGACUAUCCUACAAUGUAUUCAUCAAAUAAUAUUGCCCCUCUGCUGGGGAGUUCUGAAGCCCCCAUCAUACAAAGAGUAACUCAUAUUUCAGGGUAUAAUUAUGGACUACCUCAUUCUUGCAUCAGAUCAAAUACCUCGGAAAAAGAGACACCGUGGACAGAGACUGACAAAAUCCGCGUGUGUGUCCGGAAGCGUCCAUUGGGCCUGAGAGAGGAGCGGCGCGGGGAAGUCAACAUCAUCACGGUGAAAGAUAAAGAAACCCUACUUCUUCACGAGAAGAAGGAGGCGGUGGAUCUUACCCAGUAUAUUUUGCAACAUGUUUUUUAUUUUGAUGAAGUCUUUGGGGAAGCAUGUACCAAUCAGGAUGUGUAUAUGAAGACUGCUCAUCCCCUCAUUCAGCAUGUUUUUAACGGAGGCAACGCCACCUGCUUUGCAUAUGGGCAGACUGGUGCUGGCAAGACUUACACUAUGAUAGGCACUCACCAGAACCCUGGACUCUAUGCGCUGGCUGCUAAAGACAUCUUUAGACAACUGGAGGCAUCCCAGCCAAGGAGAGAUCUCCUUGUGUGGAUCAGUUUUUAUGAGAUCUACUGUGGACAGCUUUAUGACCUGCUAAAUGGAAGGAAAAGACUCUUUGCAAGAGAAGAUAGCAAGCAUGUGGUGCAAAUAGUUGGACUGCGUGAGGUUCAGGUGGAUACCGUAGAUCUCCUUUUAGAGGUGAUUUUGAAGGGUGGGAAGGAGCGCAGUACUGGGGCUACUGGCGUCAACUCAGAUUCUUCCCGUUCACAUGCUAUCAUCCAGAUUCAGGUUAAAGAUGCAGCUAAGAGAACAUUUGGGAGGAUCUCGUUCAUUGACUUGGCCGGCAGCGAGAGGGCAGCUGAUGCCAGAGACUCAGACCGACAAACAAAAAUGGAAGGAGCAGAAAUAAACCAAAGUCUUUUAGCUCUGAAGGAGUGCAUUCGGGCUCUGGAUCAGGAACAUGCUCAUACUCCUUUCAGGCAAAGCAAAUUAACUCAGGUACUGAAGGAUUCUUUCAUUGGGAACUCCAAGACAUGUAUGAUAGCCAGCGUGUCACCUAGCCACAUAGCAACAGAACAUACCUUGAACACACUGCGGUAUGCUGACAGGGUAAAAGAGCUGAAGAAGGGAAUGAAGUGUUGUACCCCUGUCACAAGCAGACAUCGGACAGCCGGAAAUCCGUCUCCCAAGCGCAUCCAGAACUCGCCAUCGGUGCAGGGUGGAGAGAAGAGCUCUCCAAAGAAGGUGAAGCUGGGACUCCAGCAUCCUCUGACUUCUGUGAGGAUAAAGGCGUGUGCUUCUGUGUUCCACGCAGCUGGCAUCCCUUUCUCCUCUACCCCCAAAGGAGCCAACAAAAGUCAUACCCACAAACCAAACUCCAGCUCGCCAUGGCUCCAUCACCCCAGUCCAGUGAAAGGAAUGCUCCCCACAGGACAUCUCAUGAAGAAAAAGAUGGAUCUGACACCGCUGUCAGAAAAGAACCAUUUUGUGAAGGAUUUUGUGGUCAAAACAGCUGGAACCCCAGAAGCAAAAGAAAGGAGCCAAGGAGAUACUGGCAUGCAAGAUAAACAGCCAGUCAGAUGCCUGAAAGUGCAGACAGUGCAACCUGUCCAGAAGCAACUCAUUUCCAGAGAGGACUUUUCUCUUGGAGACAUAAAUUAUCCAUCAGACAGCAGUCAGAGCCCUGGAAAUACAUUCCUUAAGCAGUGCGUUGAAACCUGGACAGACCUUUCUCCGUACCGGAAGGGAAGGGAAGAACAUUUGCGUCUUUACCACCAGCAGUUUCAGCAGCCACCGAUUCUCCAGCAGAAGCUGAACUAUCAACCGCUAGAAAGAUUUUUAGCCCAAUACAAGCCCCAGGAAAUUAGGGUUAAGCCAGAGCAGAGCCUGACACUCAGAGAUGCACAGUGCAAAGAUGGGAUGCAGCUGGAAGAGCUGGAUGACAGUGAUUUUAGUGAGGACUCUUUUUCCCCAGUGUGCACCCAAGAGACAGCGAAAAAGAAAAACCCCAGUGACUGCAGCCAGCAUUCAUUUUUCCUUCAUCAGCGAGAACAAGGAGUGGAGGAAGAGCAGAAAGUCUGCAGGAAGCCUGGCUUAUUCUUCAACUAUGCAAUGCAUAUGGAAGAGCAUGAACUAGAUGACAGCUGGGAUUAUAGCAAAGGCUCCUCAUUUCCAAAGACAAAGGAGUCAAUUAAAGAUGCAGAAAAGAGGAUGCAGUCUGACUGGAGCAUAGAGGGUGAUGUGACUAUUGAUUCUUCACUGAGCGACCAGACUGCAGAAAAGCCUUAUUGCUUGCAUGAAGAUCUUGUCUGGAGCUGGAAGGACAACAUAGACUUGUCAGCUGAUCACGGCCAGUACAGCUCCAAACACAAAUCUCAGGUUUCUCCUGGUGAAAGCUCCUUAUUCCCAGAUAAGGACACACAGUGUCCAUGUGUGCCCUACCUAUUGGACUCAGGGCCUGCAGGAUGCAAAGAGAUUAAUCUUCACCCUGCACAAAGGGAAGACUCCAUCAAAGGCAGACAGGCUCCUGUUGAAGGAAACAUAGAAGGGAAGAAUCUGAUAAAUGCAGCUUCUAAUACUUCAUCAGAAUUCACUUCUGAGCUGAUGGCCCCUCUGACCUUGUCUCUCCUUGAUGAUGAGGAGGCAGCUGAUCCAGAGAACCACCCUCCUGCCCAGGAAGGGGCCAUCCAUGUGAAACAGAUGCUGGAGACGAAAGUCUGCAGCCCCAGAAAGAAAUUGGAGGGAGAGGCCAGAGCAUUUCUUAGAGAUGAAACCUCUCCAAUAGGCAGCGUGCCUGAGCUGGGGGAACAAAUGCACCACUGUGAAAUGAAAUACACUGAGCAUCGUACCUUGCACACGGAGAACAUGUGGCUUUCACAGGCCUGUCCUGAGCCACAGCUUUGCUGCGGCCUGGAAGAUUCAGCCCUGCUGAAUGUCUGCCACGGGUCUGUUAAUGCUUUAUUUCCUAAAGAUGCAGGCUUGACAGAAGACUCCAGAUCUGGAGCCAGAGACCCCUGCAAAGAGAAGGAGGGUUUAUUCUUUCUUAGUCAUCUCAAGUGUGGCGAAUGCGUGGACAGCAGACACUAUGAGGCUGAUACUGAAGAUGCUACCAGCAGCCUGUUAAACUGCCCAGGAAAACCCAGCCUGGGUAAAGCAACAGGUGUUAGUCCCAUGUCUCAAACUGUAUGUGUGGACACACCUGCAAAGGGCUGUUUUGCAAGCCCCCCACCCAUUCCUAAUGAGGAGAGUGAGGAAGGCACAGUCCACUCCCCUCCUCAAGAAACCAGCCUGCUCCAACCCAGCUCAGAAUUCAGGCCGAAGGACUUCAGCCGUGCUGAAGACAUGUUCAAGUUGUCAUUCAGUGGCGAGGAGUUGGGACUGCUUCAGAAUAAACUGGUGCAAAGUCUUUUUCCACAAAGCAGCUUUGAUGCUGCAGAAGUUACCAAAGAGAUUAAAUCGUUAGCAAAUCCAAACAGUCCCCCAAGCACCUCGAUCCUCAGAGACCUGACCGAUGCCUCAGAAACAUCAGACCUGCCCCUGGAAGUCCUGGGAGAAGCACAGCAGGCUGUGAUCCGAGCCCAUCGAGAGCAGCUGGAUGAAAUGGCGGCCUUGCGUCUGCAGGAAGAGUGCUUGCUUAGGCAGGUGGCAGAAGUGGAUUUUGAAAACUUUGUGAGCAACCUGGAUGAAAUCCUGAUUCUGAAAUCCAAGUGCAUCCAAAGCAUGCGAGCCCAGCUUCAGCUCUACUUGGCCUGUCCCAGGGCCAACUCCACGCUGCAGAGAGCUACGUCAUCUUAGCCCACCCGCGGCUGCAUCCAUGCCAGGCUUUCAGCAGUUGUGGAAGCAAGCAGCUGUGGUAGCAAGCAGCUGUUGUUUCACCUGGGGGUGUCAGGUAUUCUGCAGCAAACAGGAGGGCUGGGUUGGGGUUUGCUGUUUUGUUUGGCGUGUAUUUGUAAUGUGCACUGAGAGAUUUGUAGGUAAAUGAAUGGUCUGAGGACCUGAUGGAAGCCCAGAGCGUUGUGUUUCUAUAUGGUGUCUUUAUACGGUGAGACCACGUGCUUCAGAGCAAUAACUCGGCAGCCUUGUAGCACGCAGCGCAGCAACAGGGUUCACAGAGAACGGGAUUCACACCAGUCAAAGGCACUUCUAUGCUGCCAGAAAAUAACUGAGCAAGAGAAAGUGCUUUGAAAGCCUACAAGUCAGUGAAAAGAAAGAAUCAAAAGCUUUCCAAGAAAACAGCAUUCGUCCAAGGCGAGGAAAUGGGAGGGAACAGCUGCUUCGAAUAAAUAAGGCGGCAAAUUUUUAAUAAAAAUUGAGACAAGAUGA